AUGGCAGAGAUUCUUAUGAGCGGUGCAACGGGUAUUCUAAAAAAGCUGGUGGGUGUUGUUUCCGAUGACAUUGGUUCCGCUUUUGGUGUCAAAGAUGACUUGAAGAAGCUUCAAAGUACCUCUGAAAUGAUUCUCGCUGCGAUUGCCGACGCGGAAAAGAGGCAAGACAAGGAAGAACUUGUUAGACUUUGGUUGAGAAAGCUCAAGGGAAUUGCUUAUGAUGCUGACGACGUGAUUGAUGAGUUCUCUUAUGAGGACAUCCGUCGUCGCUGUGAUACAAAGGAUAGAUUGAAGCGUAAGAUAUUAAUAAGAGAUUAG